AUGCACCAAUACUUUGAUCGCAAGCCGUUGAAAUGGAAUAUUGAGGACUUUUUAAAAGAAUGCGCAUCGAAAACAAUGAGAGCGAAUCUUCUAAUACCGAGCCACGAAGCUAGUAUUGAAGCACAGGGCGAUAAAAUUGAUUGCAAACUUGCUAAUAAAUGUGGGUUUAGUUGCAAAUCAGAAAAAAAACCAUCGAUUAAUAUUCAAAAUACAUUUACGGGAGGUUCUCAAACAAUUGGAACUGUCAAUGACAGAACAUUCAUUACUGAAUUGUCCACAUCGAAAAAAAGAAGUCAAGAGGAGGAUAAUGAAAUUUCAACCAGGCAGAUUAAACCACGCAAAACGGAAAGUGGGGAAACAAUUCUUAAUUACUGUGAACUUUCUGACAAAAAAGAAAAUGAAAUUAAGUCAGAUCUUGAAAAUUCAUUUAAUAAAGAAUACAAUAAAAUGAAAAAUCAUCUAAAGUGGAAACUCAAAUCCACUGGUAGAGUUGUAGAAGAUACCUUAUAUGAAUGCAUGUCUGAUUUUACAUCAGAACACUUAAUUCAUUCAUUUACUAUAGACAUAGAUGAUCCAAUAAUCAAAGGAAUCUUUUAUCCUCAGGAAUUACAGGAAAUUGCUAAAACAAAUGUCAAAGAAGAUCCAGACUUAAGCUCCAAACUAUAUGAAAAUCUAGAAUUUUUUUGUAAUAAGAAAAACAAUGAAAAAAUUGAUCAAGAAGAAUACGACUUUGAAGUGGAUACCCUUAAGUAUUCAGUUCAUAGCCUGGCACGACAAUAUGAACGUAAUCCAAGUGCUUUCUCUUUGGACCAUUAUGAAGCUUGGUAUAAUGUUAAUGUCUGGGGUCCCAUUGUUGAUAGAACCUUUGAUGAUAUACCAAAUGUUGACAUUGCUCGGGGUGAAUCAUCAAGCCAUGCAAGUUCCGAUCGAAAAAACAGAAACCGUACCAUGGAUACCCGAAAAAAAUGGGUGGAAGAUGCAAUAAUUAGAAAGUUAUCAGGAGAAAUGCGACUUGAAUUCGGAGGUUCCGAAGCAGGAAAACGCUACGACUUAUGUAAAAUUACAGAUUGGGAUCCGGAAAAAAUGGAAAAAAUGGAAACAGUGGGUUAUAUUCAUGGUCUAGUUUUAAUGAUUAUGACGCUAGAUCUCCCAGCUGGUUAUGUAACUCGUAUUAAUAAAAGCGAACUCUAUCGCAUACCAGAAGAUAUUGAGUCCUUUAAUGAUGCAAUAGAAUUGAUUACAGCAGUUUGGAAGAGUAAGAUGCGAGUUGUCAAUACAAUGAUAUUAUUAAACAACAAAGAAAAAGGUGUCAUUAUUGAUCGUCUGAGGAACGUGUCGACAAUUAAAAGAAAUAAGAAUAGUCACACUAACCAAAUCAAUAAAAUCAAAAAAAUUCUUCCAGAGAAUCAAACAACACCAGAAAAGGCUAAAAAAAAAGAUCGUUAG